AUGUCUACAAGGUCGCACAGAUCACAGCUCUCACCAAGCACCAAGUUCGAGCCCCUACAGGCCUUCCUCCUCAAGAACACCACCGUCUAUGCGUAUCCAAGGCAACGCAGACGGCGGCGUAACCCAGCCGAGGAUGUGGACUCGGUGAAGGCAAUCUGCCAGCGCCUCCUCUACUUCGUCGUCUUCUACUCCGUCCUUGGUCUCUUCUUUGUCGGCUACCUUAAUUGGUACAUGUACUUCCAAGUGCCCCGAGAUCACCCAGCCCUGACCGGCAUGCAGUCGGCGCUUCAGAUGAACCCGGGUCUCAGUUACGUGCCGAAUUCCGACAUUUUCUCCAGUCUCCUCUACUUCCGUUCUCGCGAACCUCUGCCCUACUACAAGAAGUCCGACGAAAUGGCCGCCUUCCUACACGCCUACCAGGACAACACGGGUUCCACGGAAUCCGAGGACUGUCCUCAGGAGGGCGGGUACAAGCAGAACCCCGAAAGACCCUGUACCUAUGACCUGAACGCCGGAGGACCUUGCAACAUCAUGAAUGGAUUUGGUUACAACAAAGCCCAGGUAUGUUUUGUGCUCAAAAUGGCCCGCAUUUACGGAUGGCUGCCCGACCCAAUCGACGAGUUCGCCACCGGCGUGCUGGUGAAGUGUUCUGGUGUGACCGCAGACGACACCUACAACCUCGGCACUAUCCGCUACUAUGACAUGGACUUUAAGUUCUCGGCGAUAGCUCCAGGUGUGAAUCCUGGCAAACUUGAGAACGGCAGCUUCCACUCCAUGUACUUCCCCUACCGAGGUCAAUUAGCCUACCUACAGCCCCUGGUCUUCGUCAUGUUUGACGGAGUUAAACGCAACACCUUCAUCCGAGUGAGGUGUUGGCUCAUCGCGAAGAACAUCAAGGUGGACUUCGAGAGGGGUGAAGGGAGCGCCGAAUUCGAGAUCAUGUAUGAAUAA